AUGACCAUGCAGAGUGACAGGUCCUGCAUGACCAUCCCGAGCCAGAGUCCCCUAUAUAUGAAGGGCCGCUGCCAAAUUAAAGCCAUCCUGGCCUCAGCCAGAGGGACGAUUGCCAGCCACAGUGGGUCGACUGUUGGUGGCGGGAUGGCAGCCGUCGGUGGGGCGACCAGCGGCGGUGUGGUGUCUGGUGGCAGCAGUUGGAUGACUGGUGGCGGUGGUUGGAUGAUUGGCGGUGGUUGGAUGAUUCGCGGCGGCUGGAUGACUGGUGGUGGUGGGGUGACUGGCGGCGGUUGGAUGACUGGUGGUGGUGGUGGGGUGACUGGUGGCAGUGGUUGGAUGACUGGCAGUGAUGGUGGGGUAACUGGUGGCGGUGGUGAGGUGACUGGUGGCGGCAGUUGGAAGUCUGGCGGCAGUGGGGUGACUGGUGGCUGCGGCGAGAUGAGUAGCUGA